GUGAACUAUCAAUAAACACAUUUCGUACGUCGAAGAAAGUGGAAGCUCAACAAGCUUAUAAGAUAACUAGCAUACAAAUAUUAAAACUUAAACAAACAAAAUGAACUUCAACAAGAUUUUCGUACUCUUGGCUGUCUUCGUCGCCAUCUUCGCUGGACAAACCGAGGCUGGAUGGUUGAAAAAGAUUGGCAAGAAAAUUGAGCGUGUCGGCCAACAUACACGAGAUGCCACCAUCCAGACAAUCGCCGUGGCGCAACAGGCAGCAAAUGUUGCAGCAACAUUGAAGGGAUAAACUGAUUAAAUGGCGGAAGCUGUUACAACAAAUAUUUAUAUACACUAGCUAAAUUUAAUAUUUAUUUAUUUAGACAAGAAUGUGACUGAAUUAUGGAGUUUAAAAUAAUAUUAAUUCAAUAAAAAUAAGUUUGUUCAAAAAAGAAAAAAAAAUA